AUGAGUUUUGGAUUCUCUAUGGAUUCGAAUAGUUUGGUUCAGAAAACAUCAGAUUUAACAACAACUAUAAAAGCAAGAGCUGUUGAACUUGGAUACUACGAAGAUGAGUUUAUUGACAAAUUUGUUGAGACAUCAUCUCAAGCCACUCUUAUGACCAUUGUUCAUGUAGUUCGUUCUAAUGCUUUUCGGCUUGUUCUGGACAAAUUCAUUGAAUCAUUUCCAGACCAAACUGUUCAAUUUGUUAAUCUUGGAGCUGGAUUUGAUACCAUAUCAUUCUAUGCUCUGAAAAAGUAUCCUAAUGUUAUUUGUUUUGAUACUGAUUUUGAUGAUCAAAUGAAAACUAAAUCUAAGAUCAUAUAUGAAAAUGACUGUUUCAAACAACUUUUACCAGAUCUUAAAUUGGAAAAUGGAUUCAUAACAUCAAAUAGAUAUAAAAUUGUACCAUUUGAUUUAUCGAAUCUUAAUGAUUUUAAUAAUCUUAUUAAUGCUGGAUUAUCACCAAAAUAUCCAACGUUAUAUAUGGCGGAAUUUGUCUUUAUGUAUGUAAAAUCGGAAUAUGUAAAUGAGAUGUUACUUCCUACAGAAGUUACAAAGUUUUAUAACAAAGUACUUUCAUCUGCAGGUGUUAAAGUGUAUGGUCCACUCGAGUAUCCAAGUAUAGAAUCCCAAAUCCAAAGAUAUAGUAAACGUUGGAAUGUGAAGAUGGUUUGCUAUAGCGAGUUUUAUAACAUGAACACUUCAGAGGAAGAGAAAAAGAGAAUAAUUGUAAUAUUACAUAUGGAUAAUGUUUUUCAGGAAUUGGAAGACUUUAAGGAUAUGAGAGAAUUAGGAGUCUUCUGUUCUCAUUUCUUUGUCACUGUAUUAUAUAAGCAUGAGUUAUCCAAAGUAUUGGAACUUUUUAAUGUAGAUGACUAUAAUUAUGUUGUGAGAGGUGAAUAUGAUAUUCCAUUCGGUUUAAAAUUCGAUUAUAAUACAGAAUUUAAUAUUAAUUGUUUUAAUAAAAUUUUUAUUGGAAAUGUUGAUCUAGAGGAAAUUUUAUACCGUUCAGAAACUGAUUCUAAUUCAAGUUUUCUCAACGAGUUUAACGUCAAAACUUGA